AUGGAGCCAUUGUGCAGUGAUGCAACCGCUUCACCUCCCACGCAUCCAUUGCUCACAAACAUCGCGGCGGCAGAGCAACUGGACACGCAACUGUGGCCAGAGAAGCGAUCAACAGUACAGAUAUUUCUACAGCGAGACGUCAAAAGUGUUACAGGGGUUUCUCCCGCUGGUGGUGUCGGUGGUGGUGACGGGUUCAUAUCUGCCAGCUCCAGCAGCCUCAGCAGUCCCUCUGCGCCCAUCGAUGAUGGCGUGAGUAGUCGCCCGGCCAUCUCGACCGAAGGGUCUGUCCCCUCACUCUUUGAGGUUCAGCUAGCUGAGUGUUUUCUUCCUAAUCAGUUGCCACAACAGCACCGUGGGCGGCAAUGGAUGCCGCUUUCUGGAUCGCUCGGCACCAGCGCACGCGUAAGUGGCGGCAACGGUGGCGCGGUGGAAGGCGCCGUGACAACAGUGCGAGACUGGGUGCGCUCUGCCAGGUGCAGUCCGUCGAAGGAGCCUCGCAGCCCGUCCACCUCGCGGAGAGACAGCCUUGCCUCAUCGUUCGCCUCGGCGCUCGUGCCCCGAGAUGGGCAAUGGGAGAUGUUGCGGACGUUGGCUAUUGGUGCAGACACUGAUGACGGCGAAGAGCGCGAGAGGCGCACAAGGCUUGGCUCAAGGGCAGCGACGGCUGGUGGUAGCAGCAGCAGCGCCCUGAACAGCGGACGUGGCUGGAGCGCUGUCGACAGCUUGGGUAGCAGUGAGGCUCAGUUUCAGCGAACAGAAGGGUUUGGAGUGACCUGCGCGUCGACGAGCCCUCAGCGGACGCCGUUGUGGCGUCAGAUCCACUCUCACCCGGCGACCACCGCCACUAUCGCCUUCUCGGAAACGUCUGCUCCCGCCUCUCAGGGCAGCAGUGACGGUGCGGCUGCCCUUGCCCGUAGCAGUGCGUGCGGUUUCAUCGAAAAUCGAGAAAGCUGGCACAAUGGCGCUCCGUUGAGUCUUGUUAGUGUGGGUCUCGCCCGCGCCACUACUGGGCCCGGCAGAGCACCUACGCUACUGGGCGAGUGGGAACCGAAUCGCCGCGGCACUGCCGGGGACGACGAGAGCUACGGAGACCAGCCGUCUCUGUCAGGGGUUUCGUCGCCGUCCAUCGCGACCCUGCCAUCGAGUCUUCGCACGACAACACCUAUCACCUCCACUAUGAAAGCCGAACCUCUAAUGGUGUCGUCAUCGCCUGCCUUGACUGCACACGAGCUUGCCCAGUUGGGAGAGUGGCGGAGCAUUGCUGAGGCUCAGCGAAGCGACCCUCUUUCCACAACACCUCCCAACUUUCAUCCGCUGACGCCGCCCCAACCUGCAUCAGAGAGACACGGUGGCGGCCCGGAGAGUUGGCGCUCUGAGAGCGUAUCUCGCGCGUCCUUCAGCACUUCGGUAUCUAACAGAGGGUGGAGUGGUUGGGGUAGCACCGCGCAGACACCGCUGAACUGGGAGCGCGGUGGCGCUACGUGGGAGAGUGGAGCUGCCUAUGGAAGUUCCUGUCCAUCUCUAUCGUGUUGGAGCACCAGGGAGUUGGACGUGGGUGACGAUGGUGCUCAGCUGAGCGGGCACAGUGGGGGACGGUGCAGUCGUGUGCCUUCACCGGUGCCAGUCUCGCUCGCCGACCGGAGCGGACCCAUCUAUGCGCAGCGCGAAACAUCACUCCGUAGCCCUUUCACCUCCUCGUCGGCGUCGCCAUUCUUUACCCACCUGUCUCACCGGGUAGACCAAGGCCGCGACAGUGACGAUGAUGAUAGCACAAUGGAGGAGAUUGAGGUGCGAAACACAAAGCGCAAGUGUGUUGAGAGCCCGCGCACGUCCCCAUCCGCGACGCCGCUGAGUGGCUCCUUUGCGCUUUCUCUCGCUGAUGCGCUGGCGGCCGUACCCACGCGCAUGGCAAUGUCGCCUGAGGCGUGCCUGUGGGAGCAGCAGCAGCAGCGCCGCCAGAGGACUGUAUCGCCGUCCGUGGCCCGUCCAGACGAGGAGCUGAUGCCUUGUGGCGACGCAGAGACGUAUACCUCCUCGCACCACCACCGCGACCGUAGCACCUUCUCUCCCAACUCGCCCAUCCGCACCAUGGCGCCAUCCAUGGUCCCAAUGCAUCCACCACCGCGGAUGGGCGCUCUCCUCUCGUCGUCCCUGUUGAUCAACGGUGAACGUGGGCAGCCUAGCGUGAUGGGUGGCGGCCCUCUACAUGCCACCUCUGUCGAUGGUGCCGCGGCCCUCUUGGGGACUUCAGAGAGCGCCACGGGAGUCGUCGUGGAAGUGGAUGAGCAACUUGCCGCGCGGCUCUCCACUUUCUGCUCCUGCGGUAGCGACGAUGAGCCUGAGGUGGACACGUUUUCGCUGGAGCGGGCACAGGCGACGAUGGAGGAUGCAGAUGCUGAGGCCACGAGCGCGCUGUGUGCACGCCAGCGUCGUCUCUACCUCCUCGCUACCUCCCAGUUCGCCCAGGACGUGGAGCGGCACGGCGGCCACGUCGACCCUGUGCAGAUGGAGCUGGAGGGGCAGGAGCAGAAGCGAGAGAGCUGCGGUAAGCGGCCUGCAAAGUUGGGAGGGUUUCCAGGGGCCGCAUGCACGAUCUCUGCAGGGCCACGAGAUGGUGAAGUGACACGGCUGCGAUGGGGGAAAUAUGGCGACUCCCUCUCACUGCAGGACGGGAUGGCACCAACCGAAGAGGAGGAGGCGUCGUCAUUCCUGACAGCUGCGCAUAAUCUUCAGCCCCACAGUCCGCACGCUCGUCCCCCCCUUUCGGUUGUAUCUUGCGCCCCUCCCUCUGCGCCGCCAGCGGCUUCCGUGGCGUUGAGUCGGACGAGCGGGGAGGAAAGGUUAGCUACACCGCUGCACCGCGGUACUUGCACCUCGGCCGCCGCUAUUCAUGUGCGAUGGAGUGAGCCGGAUGCAAGCGAGGAUGGAUGUUCACCUGGCUCAGUAGCCACGACGACGGGCUCGCGGCGGGAUGUGUCACCGCCAAUUCGGGAGCGCAGCAUGGCCCCGGCUGAGCUUCAGAAAGAGCGUGAGGGCUACAGGCAGACGGAGGACGGCAGUGGCGUGGGAUGA